AAACAUCUAUACCCAGACAUGUUUGAACCUCAGACAAAGCAUCUCAUCUUUUUUAUUCGUCUAAUAUAGCUCUCAAAAGUAAAACUUUAUUUCAAAAUUGAUGAAAACAGACAUUUUUUAAAUACAUAAAUUCAUUUAAUUAGAAGUAUUGUUGCAGUGCUACUAUGUUCUGGACUAAAUCAUUGAUCCAUUCUGACUGGAGAAAUUAAUUUAAAACUUUGCUCUUAAUGAUGCUCACUCUUCAAACAAAGUAAUGGAAAGAAAUUAUGGUAAUAUUCCAAGAGCAGCCCUAACAUUCUUGCUAUUGACCUAUCUGUGUCUCUUGAUUGUUGUUGAUUCCUUACUAUUGUCUUCAGUCAUGUCUACUGAGUGUCUAUUUAUUUGUUCAACUUUGCAAUGUAUAAACUUGACAUCUGUAUGUGAUGGUGUAAUUGAUUGCGACAAUGGUCAAGAUGAAUAUUGCCGUGAACCAGGUCUUUAUUUAGAUUCAUCCUUAGAAAACUACACACUACCAUGCUUCAGGUGUGCUGAUGGAAGGUGUAUUUCUCCAAUACCAUUGCUGUAUGGCAGCCAUGGACUACCAGACUGGUUUCUCUGUGAUGGUAUUUCACAUUGUAAAGAUUCAUCAGAUGAAGAUGAUGGUGUUUGCAGACCACAUAAACGCCCAUGGAUAGAGAAAUUGUUAAUAACAUGUGUGCCUUCUGAUCUUGAGUUUGGCCAGAACAACAACAUCAUGAUGUGGGCUAACAAACAAUGUGAUGGCGUGAUUGACUGCUACAAUGGCCUGGAUGAAAAGAAAUGCGGCUUGAAAAACUUUGACUUACUCUACAAUAAUAUAGAAACAAAAACUCUGGCCAUUGGUAUACUGGUCAGUUUGACCAUCAUGGUGUUCCCAAUUUGUUUUCUGAUUUACAAAAUAAAGAGCAUGAAAUUCCGCCACAGGCCUUCAACCUCAACGUCCGACACAGUGUUUACCCAAGUCUCAACAAACGAUAGAGAUGAGAUGCAUCCGGCGAUGCAAUGUGUUUGUCUACACUAUAAGGAUCUUCCAGAGAAGGUGGCCUGCAAGACAGUCCUCACCAAUGAGGUAGAUAGAAAUCAAACCAUUGCAUGUCCACGUACACAUCUAAACCAAUCAUAACACUGUAACUAGAGUCAACAACUUGGGAUUUAGUUGCAGAGGAAAAGUAUUUUUUUUUAAAUUUAUUUCUCUGAGUUAUGUUAAUAGAUGUCAAUGAGCUUGAUAUUUGAAAAGGACACAAAGGAAAAAGCUCUUUUUUUUUCAAAAUAAGUUCUCGUCUUGAUACAAAUGUAAAUAAUUAGUUAUCUGUUUUAGAGAGAUGUGAACAUUCCACUGAAUUUGUAAAUUAAUUUGUUUGUAACAUUUAAAUUCUGAUUAUUAAUUGGUUUUCAUGACUAUAAAUAUGUUAAUAGUGGUGUAACUGUUGUCCUAGAACAAAGAUUUGUUUUUGUUAACUUCUUAGUGUAAAUCAAUAUUGGUUCUGUAUUGAUAUAUCACCUUUUUUAUGGUAGUAUUUCAUAUAUUUAUAUUUUGUGUUUCAAUGUCAACUAAUGUUUGAUUUUUUUCUUGCUGUCCCCAAUUAAAAAUAUUGAAGAGAUUGUCUUUCUCACUCAUCAGUUGUCUCUCAAAGUUUGCAGUCUACUUGUAACAGCAAGUAGUGCUCUAGGAGUGGUUUUUCUCUGUUUUACCCUAACCCUUAGUUUGUUUUGUACAUGUACAUCUUUUUGAAAACAUCUACCUAACACUCUGCACCUGUCAUAUGUUAAUCUUUUUGAAAGCAUCUACCUAACACUGCACCUGUCAUAUGUACAUCUUUUUGAAAGCAUCUACCUAACACUGCACCUGUCAUGAUCCAGUAGUGAGAGAAAAUAAAAAAAGGAAAUUUAUAAAUUAGAAGUGUGAGAUAGAAAAUGAGAAAUAAGAAUUGUUUUCAGAAAAAGUUUUGUCAUAGUAUGUGUGUGCUCUGAUGCUCUCCCCUUGUGUUUGAUUAAACCCAAGCAAAGUUUGAAAUUGAGAAAAAGGAUUUGAUUUACACAAUGGUAUUGCUUCAAGAAAAAUGUCAUUCUUUUAUUCUCUAACAUUUCCAUUUCUAUUAUUACAAUCUAAUGGCUGCACAGCAAGAAAAAUAUUAGUGCAAUAUCAAAAGAUAAACAACAAAGAAACAAAUAAAAAUGUCUAGAAGAUGAA